AUGGAGAAGCUAGUGCCUGUACUGCUGGUUUUCUUGGCCUUUCACUUUCUUAAAGCUGCCUCCCAAGAUUUUAUUGACUGGUGGAAUAUCGAUUGUGGUAGCGAACUACCUCGUGUUAACAGCCAUUCAAUGCCCUGGUACACCGACUAUGGACUCAUCAGAACUGGCAUGAAUAAGCAGGUUCCGCAGAAACAACCUAUCGAAGAAAUGAACACACUUCGGUUCUUCCCUAAUGGGACAGAGCCAAACUGUUAUACUAUAUUCUUCACAUCUUACAUCUCUGGCUACAUUGUUCGAGCCGGGUUCUACUAUGGUAACUAUGAUGGUCUCUCUCGGCCGCCGACCUUUGAUCUCACUAGUAACGGAAAAAAUUGGACGACGGUGAACACUACUUCGUCGAUGGGUGGGGGUCCGAUAUACCAUGAAGCCAUCUAUGUGUCUCAUGAAUUUCAAAAUUAUGUUUGCUUGGUGCAAACCAGGGAAGGCGAGGUGCCCUUCAUUUCUUCACUGGAGUUCAUGCCAAUAAAGACUCCCCAGUAUACACAUAUGGUUCCAUUCCCUGUAACAUCAGAUAAUGACCCUAAAGCCGCCUUCCAUCUCGUCACUCGGACCAACUUUGGUGGCCCCGAAGUGAGGUUUGCAAUGGAUGAUUACAACGAUUCCUACAAUCGCAUAUGGGCGAGUGGAUCAACACCAAAAGGCUGUGAGAAUAUUUCCACCAUGCCAGACUUCAUCGAGCCAUUACAAAAUGCCCCACCCACUGCAGUCUUGGCUGACUCCAUCGCAUCCAUCAACGCUUCUGAUCCCAUCCUCCUAAUCGUUGAUCUUCCUCCUCUCGAUGGCCCACAUUCAGCAUACUUCAUAUUCUACUUCUCUAAUCCAGCCCCCCAAUCCCAGCUCAGCGGCAUCAUCGGUACCAGGGCUACCCAAAUUUACAUCAACGGUCAGCUGAAGUCCAACAUUACAUUCGAGUGGGGCAAGUCCCGGGUUGUUACCAUAUACCCCGUGGAUGUUAUGGGUCCCACAAUCAAUAUAACCCUGGCCCCUGAUCCAGAUUCCAACUUACCAACCAUGAUCAGCGGCUUGGAAGUGUUUACAAGGCAUUAUGAAAAGUAUGAGGCGCCGGCUCUUCCACCACCCUCCGCAGCCACACCUCUCCUUCUCAUAUUUGUGUACAUUAUUUUAGCUCAUAUUCUCUAUUUGGUAGUUGUAUUAUAA